AACCGAAUGUAGCGGUCAUUCAAGGUACUUGUUGACCUUGAGUUCCUGCAAUUGUUGUUGAGAUCUCAGGUCUAGUAAUAAUAUUGUUUGAUUUGAAUUGGAGAUUUCUUAUUUUAGUCACAUUUUGACAAAACGUAUCCUUCCUGCUGUUCUGGGAUUAUUUUGCAUUUUUUCAACUGUAUACAACUGAUCAUAAUUAUUCUUGGAUAACAGUCAAGUUAACCUCUUAAUUUGGAAAGUACGACUUAAUGGACGAUCUUCAAAACGCUGUUUUUCUUAUGGCGACAAAAUUGUCUGUACAUAACUCAAAGCCACUAUGUAAUGCAGAAGUUGUCACUGUUCGUUGUCGUCAUGUUGUGAAGCACAUUCCUAGACGGUAUGUUAUGGCAUAUAUCUUAUCAUUAGCACAAAAGCAAUGCUUGAAUCUUGAGAAAGAAAGUUUUUCGUUUUUGAGCUAUGUUCCAGAAGUGUGGACAAGCCUAGUUGAUGUUAUUAGAUCUAUGAAUUCCGAUAAUUAUGAUUUUGGUUAUAUACAAACAGUCGCUUUAGAAUCAUUGAAGAAAGCUAUUAAGCUAUGUCAUGAUACAAUAGACAAAACAUUAUGUCAAUAUUAUUAUUCACGUGCUUCACUGAAUUCAUUAAAUUUAUUAUUGGAUACACAUUCAAUUGUGAACAGACGUAGACGUCAAGAAGACCGUUGGUUUGCUGUUGCGGAUUUACUGUCUUAUGUUCCCUCGUAUAAAAGCCAUAUUGACCAAUCAUAUCUUACAGAUUUUUCACCAAUCACGGCAUUCGGUAUUUUCGAUGGUCAUAAUGGUCCAGAAGUGGCUGAACACUGUUCUCACCUUACACCGUAUUUACUUAGUAUAGAGUUACAACGACAUAUUUUAUCAUCGUCAUCUAGUAUUAAUCGUAAUUAUUCUAAAUGUAUACCAGAUAUAUUAGCCGAAAUCUUUCAUCGAUUGAAUAAAUCAGUCAACAGUGGAAGAGCACAAAAGUUUUGGAAUUCUGGUACAACAGCUACAAUAUGUGCAUUUGCUGGUGAUACUAUAUGUACAGCUUGGGUCGGUGAUUCACAAGCUUGGCUUAUUUUUCCCUAUACAAAUGAUAUUAGUGAUGAUGGUAUUAUUAAUCAUAAUAUAUUAAAAAGUAAUUUUAAUUGUUGCAAUAGUAGCGUACAAGAGAAUAAAAACAAUGAUCGUACUACUAAUACUAUUAGUAGUAGUAGUUUUCAUGAGUCACCGGAAAGAAUGUCUGUAUUAAUGGAAAUCCCGUCAUCGGAUAAAAAUCUCAUUGAUAGUAAUAAUACACGUGUUAUCAAGUCGACAUCGUUGAAUAUUAUGCCCGAUCGUUUAUCAUCAUCAUUAUGUAAUGGAAGUAUGCCUACUAGUCAAAGUGCUUCAAUCAUCGAGAAGCGUCAUCAUCAAAAACAAAAUACUCCACAGUCGGCAAUUGAAGUGAAACAUUUCACUGAAGACUCUUUCUCAUUAUUAAUGGAUCAGGAGAAUUCCAUGCAUAAUAAUAGUAAUAAUAAUGAUGAAAUGGAUAUAAAUGAAUAUUUAGGCAUUGCAUUAACUGAUUGUCUACAUCGCCCAGAAUCACCUUCCGAAUUUGUUUCUAUCCUACGAACUGGAGGUUCAAUAUUAACUGAAGUUGGCUCUGAAAAUAGUUCAUCUGUGGAGAAUAAAAUUUUCUAUUCACAUUCACCUAAAGAUUCUAUGAUCAAUUUAGCUGUGACUCGUGGUGUCAAAGAAAAUACACCUAAUAAUAAUUGUUUUAGUAAAUGUAUUUCCAUACCACCUCUUGAUAAUCCAAGUUUAGUCGAUUGUAGAGUUGGAUGUUUAUCGUCGGUAAGUCGAUCAAUUGGUGAUGAUGAAACAGCGGUUGGCUUGAACGCCUUACCAUCCAUAACAAUUUGGUCAGCAGCUAAACAACAACAAUCAACGCAUCAUCGUAAUAAGACAACAACAUCAAUGCCUUUAUGCUUGAUUAUGGCAAGUGAUGGUCUAUGGGAUGUACCUUGUUGUUCUGGUCCAGAGAUUUCACUAAUGGCAUGGCAUUGGUAUAAAGAGCAUAUUUAUCAUAAAAAGGACUGUAAAAAUCACCAUUCAUUUUCUGAAUUCUUAGUUAAUUUAGCUGUGCAAAAUGGUGCAUCAGAUAAUAUAACAUGUAGUGUAAUUUGGUUACAUAAAUGGAAACCAACAAAAUUAAAAGGCUGGACUGUUGACUGUCAAUCAUUAGCAUCAUCUAGUCUGGUUAGAUGGCCUAGACAUUCACGGGUUACUUCACUAGUCAAUGUAAAUUCCCCUACUGACAUUUUCUUAAGAGGUCCACGAAAAUGUAUACCAUCUAAAAUGCCUCAGUUUGUUUCUCAACGAUCUUAUUCAUUAAAUAAUAUAUUUGAUAGUGAUUUAUCAACUCCACGUUAUUCCAGUCCUCCACGUGAUAUUGUAUAUCAUCAACCUGAUUGUAUAUCUUCAGACUGAAUUAACUAACUGUUAUUAUUUUGUACAAAUUGUAUGUUUGUGUAUUCAUGUUAUUCUUCUUCUUUCAAAGUCUACUUUGUUUUCUUAAUAUUUCUUAUGAAUAAAACUUAAGUUUUAACCAUUGCGUAUCCAAUUGACUAAUAAUAAUAAUAAUAACAACAACAAUAACAUAUAUCUACUGCAUAAAUCAUUAUACUACUGAUUUAUGACACUAUCAAGUUAAUGAUAUAACUGUGUGCAAAAUACCGUUUGCAUUUGGGGUAAAAUUGUUUUGUUUUUUUAUUACUAACUUUCAAAGGUCAAUUUCCGGUUUCUUAUUAACGUUUUUUUUUCUUCAAAAAUAUUAAUGUAUUCAUAGCAAUUUGUUUAUUAUUGUAUUGUUCAUUUUGUACUUUUUGGGAAAACAAAAAAAAGUUUAAUUCAUCAAUUUAGUUGUUGCCCUUUUUGUUGUUGUUGUUGGUGGUGGUGUUGUCGUUGUUUAUAGAAGGAGUAUGUGUUACCUUGUUCAUAUGUUUAUAUGAACACUAAUUAAGUUGUCUGCCUUCAUAGUACUACUGUUAUUAAUAUUUAUAAUAAUAGUGAUAAUUAUAAUUAAUAGUAUGUAUUAUACACAAAAUAGUGUUAUUUAUAUUGUUUGUUCCUUGUUGCUGUUGUUGUUGUUGUUGUACUGUAUUAUGUGUAAGGUAUAGAAAAGUCAUUGGGAAGAAGAACGAAUUAUAGUCUUUCUAUUGGUUUUCUAUUUUCAAAUGUGUCCAUGUUUGUGUGUAUGAUGGAUAACUUACUCUUUCCUUUUGGUUUUCUUGAGUUUAUCAAUCAAUGUUGGGUAGUUUUUUUUUCUUUUUAAAAAUAUACUUCUAUUUAGAAGAUCUCAAACUAUAUAGUCGUUUUUUUUUUUUUUUAUAAAAUGACAGUUUGGAUACACAAAGAAGUCGUUGAUAAUUGUUUUUGAAUUUAUUAACUUUUAUUAUUAUCUGUUUAGUUGCUGUCAUUUUUAGUUUGUAUGUAUUUUAAGAUCAUAUAUGGUACAAAAAUGAAUAGAUUUAUUCUUUAAGAAUUCUGACUUCUUUUUUUUUGAAUAUAAAGCUUUUUAAUG